GUCAGGAUUCUGUCAGAAUCUUGUCUUGUUUUAAUGUCUAGUUCAAUUUGACAGGAUUCUGACAGUACCAUGUUCUGUGUGGGAACACGUGGCCAUGGUGUGUUGAUAUCAGGCCACGUGGUUUCCUUGUCUCGUCUCUUUUACCCCGCUCCCUUGUCAUUCUCAUUGGUUUGAUUGUUUUAUCCCUUGCACCUGUUUCCCUCUUGAUUUACUCCCUUAUUUAAAGCCCUUGUGUUUCUUGUCAUGUGCUCGUUCAUUUUGUAAAAUUGCUGUUGUAGUCAAGUGUUCUGAUCCAGCUUCAAGUCUAGUUAAUGAACGAGCCAUUACUAAACCCAGCAACGAUGUCGGAGUCUGCUGCAGUCCCGCCUGUUUCUGUUUUGCUGCCCAUUGCAGUGCACCCUGUUCCCGGCUGGCUGUCUGAUCGAGGACGCUCAGCACUCUUUGCUGAGCUCUGGAGAGCCGUUGCUAUGCCUGAGCCAGCUUUCAGUGAGGUUGCUGCUGUGCUUGGUCCGUUUCUUGGAUUGGCUGCCGCCAGGUUUACGCUAGUUCACGGGAUGGUCGGUACCGAGUCCAACACCUCACCUGCUACUCCACUGCUCUCGGCCGCGCAGCCCGCGCAGUCGACCCAGCCCGCGCAGUCGACCCAGCCCGCGCAGCCGACCCAGCCCGCGCAGUCGACCCAGCCCGCGCAGUCGACCCAGCCCGCGCAGUCGACCCAGCCCGCGCAGUCGACCCAGCCCGCGCAGUCGACCCAGCCCGCGCAGUCGACCCAGCCCGCGCAGUCGACCCAGCCAUCAAAGCCAGAGCAGUUUGUGCUGUCCCGGCUGCGCCCAAGUCCUGCACCUCCAUGGACUUGUUUAUCAUGGACUUGUGUUCCCCCUGGACUCAUUGUUUUGUAGGUUUUUGCCCUGUUUAAAGUCAUGUCUUGUUAUCUGUCAUGUUGUGUCUGUCUUGUGUGUCCCCUUGAGGGAUGCCAGGUGGCGUUCCUUGGGGGAAGGGUACUGUCAGGAUUCUGUCAGAAUCUUGUCUUGUUUUAAUGUCUAGUUCAAUUUGACAGGAUUCUGACAGUACCAUGUUCUGUGUGGGAACACGUGGCCAUGGUGUGUUGAUAUCAGGCCACGUGGUUUCCUUGUCUCGUCUCUUUUACCCCGCUCUCUUGUCAUUCUCAUUGGUUUGAUUGUUUUAUCCCUUGCACCUGUUUCCCUCUUGAUUUACUCCCUUAUUUAAAGCCCUUGUGUUUCUUGUCAUGUGCUCGUUCAUUUUGUAAAAUUGCUGUUGUAGUCAAGUGUUCUGAUCCAGCUUCAAGUCUAGUUGUAUGUUAAGUCUGUCCAGUGUUUUAUAUCUGUUUACUGUUG